AUGGCUUCUGAUGAGCUGGAUUUGGAUAACUUCAUCAUCCCUCAGACGGCGAGGAAUCUAACACUCAGGAAGCCCAGAAAUAAAUCAUCAGACAAAGGCGAUUUCAACCAAAAAUGGUAUUACGAACGACUGGAAAGAGCAUCUUAUGGAAGGAGAGAUAACAUAGCACAAGAAAACUUCAUGCGAAGAUAUCCUCUCUUCAAAGAUAAUCAUGCCGAAGAUGCAGAAUGGGGACCUGUACGAAUACUCGGUAAAGGUGGCUAUGGCAUUGUCGGCCUUUGGGAGAAAAGGGACAAGCACAACCGCACAGAGGACCAGAUCGUAGUCAAACAACAAGCAGCACCAAGUCCGGACUACUGGGACACGUAUGAGCUGAGCAAUGAACAUUACCCUCAUCUUCUUAAGGAAGCUGUCAUCCACCGAGACCUGAAUCAAAAGGCCCCUGGGAUCUUUCCACAAUUACGUGCCUACAAGUUCUUGCAGCGACCUGUGAAGAACCUACGGAACCAGCCACGUGUGCCAUCCGCCUACCGGAUGUACCUGGAGAACUGUCCUCAUGGAGAUCUUCGCAAUCUACGCAAUUUGUAUUCCAUGUGGGAUCAGGCGCUGCCAGAGCUGUUUCUCUGGAACGUCCUCGUGCGUCUGGCUCUUGGUGGUGAAGCGCUGAGAGCCCCUCCACCGGACGACAGUUACUGGGUAAAAGCAGAACGAAGGAUUGAAGCUGCGAGAGAUGCCAUUCCAACGACUCCACCGCUUGUCGCCGGUGAGCAGGGCAACGGGAAAGGAAAAGCCAAGGGCAAGGGCAAAGCAAAGAAGCAAGUUCAUAAGAAGCCGUCACAAGCUGAUGAGGAAGCCAACUUGCCGCCUCUAAAUUUCUCACUCGCAAAAUUCUUUUGUCUCCAUUCCGACAUGAAGCCUCAGAACGCCCUUCUCGCAGCUAACGAUCGGGGCGAGGAAAUGGACGAUGCCCGCCGUCACGUCGAGAUCGAUGAGCCUGAUUAUCCUUUGGCUAAGAUGGCUGAUUUCGGACUGGCCGUGUAUACUUCUUGCAACGAUGAUUGUGCCAUUAAUCCGCGUUCCUUGUUUGGAAUCGGUACCCCUGGAUACUGCCCCCCGGAACAAGCACAGGUUGGUGCCGAAUGGCAGAUCCCACCGACCGGCGCGGCAGUGAGAUACAGAGAAGCGAGGAUGCGAAUGGAAGGCCAAGCAACGGCAGCGGCAGAGGAUGGCGAGGGGCAUCAUCCUCUAUCAGCUUGGGCGAGGGAGCUCCAGGGACAAGAUGCAGGCCACACGGAAUAUCAUAAACACGAUGUUAUUUUCGACCACGCAAUGAACAAAAGACGAGGACGGGGCCUACAAGCUCUGGAAGCGCAACCGCUACCACCUGCUCCGCAGCUCCGCACUCAAGUCCGAGGCUUCUACACACCGCGGCUCCGCCGGCUGGUCUGGCGCUGCCUGGACCCGAACCCGGCGAACCGACCGUCACAGCUCGAACUGCUGGACCGCGCCGAACACGGGCUGCGCGCGUACAAGAAACACCUGCACCGGAAGCAGCGGCGCGGCGAGCCCCUGCCGGAACUCAAGCUGUACUACAAAGGCCACGAGAUCAACGACAUGCCGCUCGGAGACUUCAAGCAGCAGCCGUUGAUGGCGGAACUGCGCCACAUCUGGCGCGACGAGUUCAUGAAUCCCGAUCUGCCCGCGCUGAGGGUUCCGAUCGAGAAGUAUAGGCAGAUCGUCGUCGAGGAGGAGAUCGAGCAUGCCCACAAGAUGCAUUGGCGUCGCUUUUACGACGAGCAGCCCGAUGUGAGCCGCUGGUUUCAGGAUUCGGAUUCCGCGGACGACGACGAGGAUGGCGAGGAGCAGGGCGGAGAGGAUGAGGAGAGUGGCUGA